AUGUCGUUGAGAAGCGUGAGUUCAAAGCAGAUACGUGUGUUAUCUCAGGGGAGAUUUAUUUCUCAGCAAAGGUUUUACUCGGCAGGCCAUGGUCAUGAAGAGCACCAUGACGAACACCACGAUGAACACCACGACGACCACCACGCGCCCCUGGCUCCUGAAGAAAAUCUAUUCAACAAGCCAGUGCUCUACACAAUAGGCUCCGUUCUCGCCUUCUACGGAGUGUACCGUUACAACGAAUACUACCAGGCCAAGCACGGCAAGCCCUUUGGAAGCAUGUUCUUCUCCACCGAAGCACCAAAGGAAUUGCAGGCCAAGUUCGUGGCAUACCAGGACGAUGUCAAGCUGCAGAGUGAGAUACUAAGAUUGCUGAAUAUCCGUCCGAGAAGAGACGAAAACAACUACACACACCACGUCGAUGGAGUUCCAGGCAAGUAUUUCCCAUCGAAUGGGUUCAACACGUUCCAGGCCGUCAACUUCGACACUCUAGAGCCAAGAAGGAAGAUUGCGAACCCAUACGAAUAG